AUGCCUACCGAUAGGAAGGUAUUAUAUGCGAGAACUCACAAGACAAGCUAUAAAGGUAAAGAUGCCGAGCAGCAACAGAGAAAGUCACAAAAUUCAUGCGCUUCAUUUUUAGGGACUUGGAUUUUCGGGGGAAGUCUAGCUGAAGGAGGUUCACCACUCCUUAUAACGAUAGCUGUGACAGAAGGUAUUGGUUCAGGAUCUGCCCUAUUUGAGCUUUAA